CUUAGCAAGCCACCUAUCUAUUCGAAUUGACACAAAUUUAUUUGUCAAAAUACCGUAUAAACAUAAUUGCCUUUAUCUCCAUUGUUUCUCUUAUUUUUCUCCUGUCUACCCCGGUUUAUUUUGUCUUUUUUUACUAAAGAAAUAUCUACCAAAGGUAACAUACUUAAACGGUUUCUACUUGACACUCUUGUUAAAUCGUCGAGUCAUCUGUAUGCAUCUGUCUGCAUCAAAUAUAACGCGAACAAAUGAAGAUUCGACAACCAACACAAUAGUGUUAUUAGUGCAGCUGGACAAACAAGAACUAAUGUAUAGUUCGAAUCUCGUAAAAUGCGAACCUCGUAGUGAUAAUAGUGAUAAUUAAUCACAUUGUAUAUUUUAUGGUACAAUGAGUGAAGAGUCGCAAAAUGAUGGCAGCAAAAAGAGUCCAUUAUUGGCUGCCCCUAACGAGGCAGGCUUGCAAGGAGAGGAAUGUGGGGCACAAGUUGACGCCACCACAUACACAUCACACACAAAUGUUACACAGGUGACAGCGAGCUCUGCCCCCACUGAUAGUAGUAAUAAAUGGAAGUGUGACAUGUGUACAUAUGAGAAUUUUCCACUUUCUCGUAAGUGCACUAUGUGUCGCAGCCUUAAACCUUCCCUCGGAGAGGACAUCUUUAAAUUACAAGAUGGAGCAAGUGCUCUUCCCACACAGGAUAUUUGUGGAGCAGAUGCGAUUGCAGAGAGGCUUAAACCUUUAAGGAUAUCGUCUCCUCAGGGACAGGCCGGCGCAUCGUCCGUAGCGAAAUGGUCGUGUGCGACGUGUACAUACGAGAAUUGGCCGCGAGCGCUAAAGUGCGCCAUGUGCGGGGCCGCCACCACCCACUCCACCGGUAUCAACGACAUAUGCAACUCUCAGAACGCGGCGCUGCACGAAGUGGAGUCGGGCGGGCGGCGCUCCAAGCGGCGCAACACCGACUGGGUGUGGCUGCAGGCCUGCCUAGGUGUCGUGGAGGGCGACGCGCGCUGCGUGCAGGCCUACCUGUCGGCCGGCGGCGACCCGGCGCGCGCGCUCACCGCGCACGAGGUGGCGCUGCUGGACCGCGCCUCCGCCUUCGACCCCGGACACACGCUCGUGCACCUCGCCAUACGAUUUCAAAGGCAAGAAAUAUUAUCGACUCUACUCUCGCGGAUAUCCGGCGGCGGGCCCGGGUUAAAGAGAUCACCCUCGUACGUCGCGCCCGACCUCGCGACUGCGAUCCGACGUCACAUCGCUAAUUGUAUCCGUCACAAGAAAGGCAGCUUCCCGUGCCGGUACAUCAACGAAUUUUGCACAUUUUCUUUGCCAGCGGAGAUCGAGGAGCUGCCGGCCGCCAUCCAGGAGCAGCUGUUCUCGGAGCUGCUGGACCGCGACGCGCAGCACACGCUGGAGGAGCCGCCGCUCAUCAACUGGAGCCUGCACCUCACCGUGACGCUGGGCUCGCGCCUGUACGCGCUGUGGAACCGCUCGGCCGGCGACUGCCUGCCCGACGCCGUCUGCCAGGCCGCCUACGGCGUGUUCGACCGCGCCAACGUGCUGCGCGCCGCGCUGGCCGACUCGCUGCACCACGCGCAGCGCAGCUUCUACGCGCGCUGGACCGCGUGGGAGCGCCUGCAGGCCGCGCAGCUGCACUACCAGCCCGAGGAGACGCAGCUGCGCGCCGAGUGGGCGCGCCUCGUGGCCGCGGCCGCGCGCCCCGGCACGGCGCUGCACCAGCUGCACGUGUUCGCGCUGGCGCACGUGAUGCGGCGCCCCAUCUUCGUGUACGGCGUCGACGUCGUCAACUCGUUCCGCGGGGAGGCGCUCGGAUACGCGCGGUUUCAGGGUAUCUACUUGCCGCUGCUGUGGGAGCCGGAGUUCUGCUCCAAGUCGCCGCUGUGCCUGGGCUACACGCGCGGACACUUCUCCGCCUUGGUGCCCGUGGAGCCCUACUCGCAGCGACACGACUACAUCUGCCGAGAGCAACAAGAAGACAGCGAGGACACGACGUACCUGCCCCUGACUGAUUCCGAAGGAAAACUACUACCAGUACAUUUCCUCACGUGUGACGAGGUGUCGGAGGAGGAGGCGCUGGUGCGGCGCUGGGUGCGCGCGCGCGCGAGCGGCGGCGCGCUGGCGGCCGCGCAGACGCUGCACGCGCGCCCGCUGCUGCAGGCGCAGAUGCUGGAGGAGUGGCUCAACCACUACCGCCGCCUCGCGCAGCAGACCCGCGGGCCGUUCCCGCCGCGACUGCACGCCGAGUACUCCAGCGACGCCGACACCGACGACGAGUAGCGGCCGGCGCCCCGCGGACGCGACGUGUGGAGGGCGGACGUUUCCUUUCCGAUUUCGUUCGUUCGGUCUCCAGUGUGUAAAUUGAUAAAUGCGUUUUGACUCAUUCGUUCCGAUGGGUGCACAUUAUUUCAAUUUCAUAUUUCUUCCUCGAUGGCACUUAUUGCGAUGCAAUGUACAUAGUUAGACGGCAAUAUUUGCUUCGAUCCGUUACAGCCGUUACGGCCGCGUUACAUUGGGAUGUAGGAACUAUAAAAUCUCUAUAAUAUGUGAUAUUUGCUCAUUUUUUUUCUAUGGAAUGUAGAAAAAAGGAGCGUCGAUAACUUCGCUUAGUGAGCUGCUAGAUUUACACGACGUAAUAGUAUGCAAUCAAAAUUGGACCAUGUAUAUAUAACCAUGAGGUUUUGUUUAGCUUGCUAACGAAUAAUACGGUUAUUAAAACGCUAUAAUAACGAAAUAUAACAAAUGUGUUUAUUCUUAAUACUAGAAUAAUAAAACCUUGACAAAAGUCUCCUCAAAUAAAUUAUUUAAUUUAAUUUUAAACAAUCUUUUCUAUUGCUUUAUUAGUAGUACGUGGAAUAAUUAUAGCAAUAAUUUACUUACAGAUUAAAACUUAAAAGUUUCAUUGUGAUAUUGUUAUUACCAUGAGCGUAGCCAGCUAUAAAGGCAGUGCUUGGUGGUAGGCACAGCCCUCCCUUAAAAACCGGUUUUCUACCCUAAAAUAAUCUAUAAAUCGAUUUUUUGGAAGAAUAAAAUUUGUAGCGCUUAUUAGUUAAAUAAAAAAAAUGUAAAUUCAAAAAAGGGUAUUUCACAGUAAUCAAGUAAUUAUUAUAAAUAAAAACAACUUAAUUAGUUUCUUGAGGUCCAAUAUAAACCCUGGCUAUGCCUGUGGUCACCUUUCGUUAUCAUUUGCCGUCAAUUAAAGUUGACAAAAGGCGUGUUCUCAUUGUUACGUGUUUAAAUGUCCUUUAUUUUAUUGAAUAAAAGUUACACCUUACUUUCAAACACUAUAACUUACUUUCAACAACUACAUGGAUUUAUCCGGCUUCCAACAUAAGUUCUAUAUUUCAAUACUAGACAUUUCGGCUAAUCGUAAGUGACGCGCCAGUCAUAUUUACAUAUUUUUUUUGUAAUAAAAAUAUUAAAUUAUAUAAAAUAAACUAUUAAAAAGGUAUAAUGGUUAGAACGCCGUUUCAUUACCCUUACAUUUAGAAUAGCGUCUUUAUCUGAAUAUAUAGCGUAGUAUCGGCUGUUCUCAGCAUUUUACCGGUUAGUUAAACAUUUCUAACAAAAUAUAUCCGCUGUAACAAUUUGCAACUUAUUUCUUAAAUAUUUCGAAUCUAAUAACAUUAUUGAAAUAGAAUAUAAAAGUUGUGCAAUUAAUUCGAAAUGUACACAGCAUGUAUAAUAUUUUACCUCAUCUGAGUAUUGUGCAGAUAGCGCGCAACAAAUGAGACACGCUCAUACGACAUAUAUUAUUUCUUACACAGACUGUGGUUGCGAAGUGAGUACUUAAAAAUAAAGAAUGUAGAGGUAGGGAGAAGUAUCUAUGUAUAUAAAAAGUGUCAUCGAAGUGUAUUGAAUUUAGAUGGCGCUGCUGGAGCUCGAGUGUGUAAUUUAAAGGUACUUGCUAAAACUCUGGAAAAGGGAAUCAGAGUGUGAAAAGUAUAUACCCCCUUCAAAAGUCGUUAUUUUCAAAUUAUAACGUUUAUCAAAUUUAUAAAUCCCAAUGAAUAAAAUAAUGUUAAUUUCGGGUAAUAAGUUUAACUAUAGUGGCGCCAAUCUGCCAAUUUAUGGAAUCCUUUUGUAAUAGAUUUCGAUAGACACUUCUUCUGGUGAAAAUCCAUAGGAGGUUCUUCUCCUUACGCUACACUCCAAAACUUAAAAUAAAACAGUCAUAUUAAUCUUCUCUGUAGUCCAAAACUAAAUUCUACGUGUUUUUAUUGAGUUAGGUUGACAUGGUACAUAUGUAGAGGAUUCUAAUUGAAAUAAAAAGUUUUUUUCAAGCAAAGACUAAAUUAGAAGUAGGGGAAGCAGAGUCUAUUAAAGUAAAUGAUAUUGUACAGAGAGUAUAAGGUUCUAAUAUUUAUUGUAUUUUCGGUUGUGUAAAUAUAAGAAAAUCGGUUUGUGUAUAUUGUUUCUAUAGCUAUAUAUAGAUCGUCUCGCUACUUGUGUGAAGGAUAAGGGAUUUGUGUUGUUCAAACUUUAGACAUGUGUGAUCAAUGAUUCUGAAACCAAAGCACGGAACGGAGGACAUACUGCGAAUAAAUAAAUCUGCUUAAAUUUAUUUAUUUUAUUUAUCUUUGCGCAUUUAUUAAAUGAACUAAAAAUUUACUUAUCAAUGAAAAGAAUUUAAUUGCAAGUAUGGUAUGGAAGAAUAUAUAUAUAUAUACAUAUAUUUGACACUAGUUUCACAUCUUCACAUAUGUCUACUGUUUUGGUAAAUUAUUUUUUGGUUUGAAAUAGUCAAGUGAAUGUUCCGUUUAUUGCAUAGGAUUUACUAUUUACAAUUAAGUAAAUACACCUAAAUUAACAAGAAUAGCAGAUAUUAAUCAUAGUUGUCGAUAUUUUCCUUAUUAAUAGGCUUUGUGUUUUUUAGUCCAAAAUUAUAAAGAGGUUUGUGGGCGAUUUUAUUUCCUAGAAAUAAAACAGGAUUAUUUUUUUCUUAACAAAACACGUACAAUUUAAUUUUAAAUUAUGUACCUUUACAAAAAUUAAUAAUAAAGCACUUAUUUUAUGAAGCGUU